CCCCCCUCCCCCCCCAACACCGAGGCCUGGAGCCAACGGGACCCCGGUGAGGAGCCGCCCCCCACCCCCCCCUCGGGGGACACGGGUGCCAAGUGGAGGCCGCCGCCCCCCGAGAGCCGCCCGGAGCCCCCCCCCACCGCUCCUGGCCCCUCCUCCUCCUCUUCCUCCUCCUCCCCCCCCCACCCGGAGGGGCCCCCCCGAAGCUCCGCCCCUCCUCCCCCCCCGCCGGCCCCGCCCCCCCCCGCCGAGGAGCGCAAGGAUGGGGGAGGGGCGGGGAAGAAAGUGAAAGUGCGGCCCCCCCCCCUCAAGAAAACCUUCGACUCCGUUGACAAGGUGCUGUCGGAGGUGGAUUUUGAGGAGCGCUUUGCGGAGCUCCCCGAGUUCCGGCCCGAGGAGGUUCUCCCCUCCCCCACCCUGCAGGCCCUCGCCACCUCCCCCCGCGCCAUCCUGGGCAGCUACCGCAAGAAGCGCAAGAACAGCACCGACCUGGAUUCCUCGGCCGAGGACCCGGCCUCUCCCAAGCGGAGGCUGCGGCGCCGCUCGAGCUGCGGCUCCGAACCCAACACCCCCAAAAGCGCCAAGUGCGAGGGCGACAUCUUCACCUUCGACAGGCCGGGUGGGGAGGGCGAGGAUGUGCUGGGGGAGCUGGAGUACGAGAAGGUCCCGUUCUCGUCCCUGCGCCGCACCCUGGACCAGCGCCGGGCGCUCGUGAUGCAGCUCUUCCAGGAGCACGGCUUCUUCCCAUCCGCCCAGGCCACCGCCGCUUUCCAGUCCCGUUUUUCGGACAUUUUCCCGUCCAAAGUUUGCCUCCAGCUCAAGAUCCGCGAGGUCCGGCAGAAGAUCAUGCAGGCGGCCACGCCCCCCGAGCAAGCCCCGCCCCCCGAACACGCCCCGCCCCCCGACCAACCCGACGCGCCGGGACCCGCCCCCGCCGCCGCUGACCCCGCCCACAACCCACACGAGGCCACGCCCCCUUCCCCCGCCGCCGCUGCU